CGAUUCGAGGAAUACGCUAUAUGAGCCACUGAGUCGUCGUCCACGGCUUCGUAAAGGAGCCUAGAUUGAAGGUCGGUCGUAUACAUGCGCACGAAUAAAUGGAAUAUGGAAGAGCAAAUUCGGAGUCCUCAUCCGUAGGUGCUCGAUAAUGUCUAGAAUGCGAUCAGCGCCUAACUCCGAAUAUAGAUACCUGUCUGGAAAUUUCGCGCCUAUUAAACGGACCCGAUCGCUCACACCAUGCAAUUAUGUCGGUCAUAUCCCGGAAGAGCUUGCUGGGGGUCAAUAUGUCCGCAACGGCGGGAAUCCGGCCACGAACGAUGAUUUAGGAAGAGAGGCUCAUUGGUUCGAUGGCGACGGCAUGCUUACAGGCGUUUUAUUUCGACGGGGCGAGAAAGAAACGAACAUAGAACCGGAGUUUGUCAACCAGUACAUCCUAACCGAUGUAUACUUGAAUGCAAAGGAGAAUCGGAAUUUGAAGCGACCAGUACUACCUAGUAUCGCAACAUUAAUUACUGCUUCAUUAGCGACUAUCCUUAUGGUAGUUCUUAGGACUUUGACACUAGUCUUCUUAUCGAGGUUGCCAGGAUCUAGCAAAGCCAUCAAGAAAAUCAGUGUUGCUAAUACCAGCAUAGUAUAUCAUGACGGCAGGGCGAUGGCAACUUGUGAGAGUGGGCCACCGAUGAGAUUUCAGCUCCCUAGCCUAGAUACUGUCGGAUGGUAUAAUGGAAGAAGCGCAGAAAAUGAACGCGGUUCGGCUAAGAGAGCAGGUUUCGGCGGAAGUGGUCCGAUCGCAUUCAUGAAAGAAUGGACAACGGGACAUCCCCGAGUUGAUCCAGUUACAGGAGAAUUCAUCGCAUUCCAUGCUGUUUUUAUCAAGCCGUUCGUCUAUUACUCAAUAGUACCGCCGGCCGGAUCAUCAAUGAAGGAGAAUGCGAAAGAAAGCGGGUCGGUCCCGAUAUUCUCGAUGCCGAUUCAAGGCAUUAGCUCUCCGAGAAUGAUGCAUGACUUUGGAGUUUCAUCGCAUUAUACGGUAAUAAUGGACCUUCCUCUAACCCUGGAUCCUAUGAAUAGUAUUAGAGGUAGACCAGUUGUUUCGUACGAUCCGACUCAACAAUCGCGGUUUGGGGUGUUCCCUCGAUACGAGCCGGAUAAAAUCCAAUGGUUCAAGACAAACCCGUGCGUCAUAUUCCAUACGGCGAAUUGCUGGGAAAUGAUAUCGUCGGGAACCGAAACAUGUGUUCACCUUCUUGCUUGUCGUCUUACUUCGGCGACAAUUGUAUAUAGUGCCGGUGCACUUACACCGCCUGUGACUAAGCCAGUACCUCCAGAAUACGCGGAAGAGGAGCAAUGUCGACUUCACUACUAUGCCUUCCCACUUCCCAAAGACGAUUCGGAGGAAACACCCCAAAUUCGGAAUCAAUGGGCUUUAUCAGCGAUUCCUUUCGAGUUUCCGACUAUAUCGUCUUCGCACGCGAUGAGGGAAGCUCGUUACAUAUACGGAUGUAGUAUGGGUGGACCAUCGUAUUCCGCGGCGGUCGGAAAAUCAGCUAAAAUUGAUUAUAUCGCGAAAAUCGACGCGGCAACGUUAAUUGCUCGAGGUAUCGCUAACCCGCCUCAACAGGUUAAGGGUUGUGUUGAUACCCGAAAUGUUCAUCAGGUUAUGCAGAGUACUGACGAUGAUGACCCCGUCAAGUUGUUCAAGAUGCCCAAAGGUUGGUUUGCGCAAGAGCCACGGUUCAUACCACGUACGAACGCAGAAAGUGAGGAUGACGGAUGGUUACUUAGCUACGUGUUUGAUGAGUCGCAGUUAGAUGAUAACGGCGAGUGUAGCGAUGAAGCUGUUAGUGAGCUUUGGAUCAUCAAUGCUAGGAACAUGAAAGAUAUCGUGGCAAGAGUGAUAUUGCCCCAACGGGUACCUUAUGGGUUACAUGGAGCUUGGUUUUCGGAAGAAGAAAUUGCUGGUCAGAGGCCAUUUGGCGCGGUUAGGAGAGAAACACCAAAGACGAACAUUGAUACUUCGAGUACUUUGUCAAUCGUUAGGGAUACUGUCGAGAGGUGGAUUGGAUGAUUGAAGGUAUCGUGAAGCUUUUCGCUCGUUUAAGCUUCUUACUCAGGUCCGAGUUAGAUUCAUUCGUUGAAGAUUCUCGUCUAUUCCAGCGUCAUUAGUUGUAGAUGAUAACUAUCGACACC